GUCUAUGUGCCAGGUAAAGAAUGCAAUACUAGAAUCAGAGGAACUUCACAAUAGCCAGACAGAACACUGCCGUUACCUAUAGUUGAUAUGAUCAAGAACAAGCAAUUACCAGUAGCUUUCUUUUCUUUCUUCUUGCAGAUCAGGAAAUAGAAAGCAGCCACAGCCGUGAAAAGGAUGGAAAAUGCUACAGUCUUGUGUGUGACAGCAACUGCGAGAAAAGAACAAGCGAGAUAACAUGUCCACCAGUUCGACAACGUACCACAACACCACAUGAAAGAAAAUGUCUCUGUCAUCAUGAUGGAAGAGUGUACAUGCCAGACCAGGAAAUAAUAAGCAGCCACAGUAGUGAAAAGGAUGGAAAAUGCUACAGUCUUGUAUGUGACAGCAACUGCGUGAAAAGAACAAGCGAGAUAACAUGUCCACCAGUUACACCACCAACCACAACACCACACAAAAGAAAAUGUGUCUGUCGUCACGAGGGAAGAGUCUAUGUGCCAGAUCAGGAAAUAGAAAGCAGCCACAGCCGUGAAAAGGAUGGAAAAUGCUACAGUCUUGUGUGUGACAGCAACUGCGAGAAAAGAACAAGCGAGAUAACAUGUCCACCAGUUCGACAACGUACCACAACACCACAUGAAAGAAAAUGUCUCUGUCAUCAUGAUGGAAGAGUGUACAUGCCAGACCAGGAAAUAAUAAGCAGCCACAGUAGUGAAAAGGAUGGAAAAUGCUACAGUCUUGUAUGUGACAGCAACUGCGUGAAAAGAACAAGCGAGAUAACAUGUCCACCAGUUACACCACCAACCACAACACCACACAAAAGAAAAUGUGUCUGUCGUCACGAGGGAAGAGUCUAUGUGCCAGAUCAGGAAAUAGAAAGCAGCCACAGCCGUGAAAAGGAUGGAAAAUGCUACAGUCUUGUGUGUGACAGCAACUGCGAGAAAAGAACAAGCGAGAUAACAUGUCCACCAGUUCGACAACGUACCACAACACCACAUGAAAGAAAAUGUCUCUGUCAUCAUGAUGGAAGAGUGUACAUGCCAGACCAGGAAAUAAUAAGCAGCCACAGUAGUGAAAAGGAUGGAAAAUGCUACAGUCUUGUAUGUGACAGCAACUGCGUGAAAAGAACAAGCGAGAUAACAUGUCCACCAGUUACACCACCAACCACAACACCACACAAAAGAAAAUGUGUCUGUCGUCACGAGGGAAGAGUCUAUGUGCCAGAUCAGGAAAUAGAAAGCAGCCACAGCCGUGAAAAGGAUGGAAAAUGCUACAGUCUUGUGUGUGACAGCAACUGCGAGAAAAGAACAAGCGAGAUAACAUGUCCACCAGUUCGACAACGUACCACAACACCACAUGAAAGAAAAUGUCUCUGUCAUCAUGAUGGAAGAGUGUACAUGCCAGACCAGGAAAUAAUAAGCAGCCACAGUAGUGAAAAGGAUGGAAAAUGCUACAGUCUUGUAUGUGACAGCAACUGCGUGAAAAGAACAAGCGAGAUAACAUGUCCACCAGUUACACCACCAAGUAAGUACUUACAACUACAAGAGGCACUUUAACACUGAGGGAGACUGCAAGAUGCUAAUAGCGGGAAUAGGAAGAAAUAUUACAAAAAAGUGAUGACAUUUUCAUAUGCAUAUUAUUAUCAUGGAGCACCACUGUAUCACUGAGAAAUACAAUAAAAUGUAAGAAAAGUCACCCACACCAUAAUUCCGGAAAAGAAAAUUCCUUUUAUGGUUACACUGUUGGUGUUUGCCAUGUUUAAAAUAAAUGACAAAUAGGCAGGGAUAUGAUACAGUGAAAGGGGAUGUCUACCCAAAGACAAAAAUAAGUGCAAAGUAUCAUAGCUAUAUUUCCAGUAGAUAAUAACCAAGGGAGAAAAAAAAAGUCAAUGUUCCUUUAAUGCAAAGGGCACAGGGAGAUGGCCUUUUAUUUAAAGUUGAAGGGAUGCAUAGUCCCCAUUGAUAGAUUUAUUAAAAUGUGAGGAAUAUGAUUUUAUUUUGCACCAAACAUUAGUCAAUAUCCUGUUAGCAAUGUCAUCUAAUUUGUUUCUCAUUUUUAAUUUAUUCUAACAGCCACAACACCACACAAAAGAAAAUGUGUCUGUCAUCACGAGGGAAGAGUCUAUGUGCCAGGUAAAGAAUGCAAUACUAGAAUCAGAGGAACUUCACAAUAGCCAGACAGAACACUGCCGUUACCUAUAGUUGAUAUGAUCAAGAACAAGCAAUUACCAGUAGCUUUCUUUUCUUUCUUCUUGCAGAUCAGGAAAU